CGACGACGCCAAUCAUCAUAGCAUCAUGAUGUUCAUGUCACGCUUAUCAAUCGAGAGCUGCUUUAACGAUGCUGAUGCUGAUGCCGAUGCCGACGAAGAAUUUUCCGAUGAAAAAGAGGGAAAACAAUUAUUGUCGUCGGACUCCGAUAAGGAGCCGAUGGGGUGUUACUCGCUGCCGAUGACACCGCCGAGAUAGAGGAACCGAAAUGGGGGUUUGAGUCAGCAGCAAGUGAAAGAGUACGCAAGCGAGAACGAAGUUCACAAGGACUUUCUUCUUCAUAAAAAGAAGAUGAGGAGGAGGAGGAGGAGGAGAAUCGUGAGGGAGAGAUUGGUAAAUGCUAUGGGGGAACGGAAUAAGAAGACGGUGGUGGUCAAUAUGGAAGAAGACACGGCGGCGAUUAAUAGGGACAUGGGUAGUGCUGCUGCUGGUGGUGGUGGUGGUGUUGGGAAUAAUUACAAUAAUAAUAGCAAUUGGGGAAACAGCUGCGGGGAGAGCGAGGAGGGGGGAGGUAGUGCUGGUGGUGGUCGGGGAUUGGUAGUGAUAACGAGGCCUAAAGGAGGGAGGAGGUCACUGUGUAUGGAUUUGGAUGAAGUGAAGGCGUGUAGAGACCUUGGUUUUGAGUUGGAACAUGAACGAACCUCCCUUGAAAUUAUGCCCACUCGACUCUCUGUCUCCGUCGCUGGAUCUCCUCUUGACACCAGUAGCGGCGGCAACUCCCCCAUCUCCAAUUGGCACAUCUUUAGCCCUGGUGAUGAUCCAAGAGAUGUGAAAGCUCGACUCAAAGUAUGGGCUCAGGCAGUGGCACUCGCAUCUACAUCCCGGCACAGCUGCUAGGGAGUUUUCACUAUACAUAUAUGUAUAUAUGCUGUGUGUUGUGUGCAUACUUUUGAGACUUGGAUUGCUUUUUUUAUUCUUUCCUUUUUGCAUUUUUGGAAUGGAAUGAACAGAGUGGCUUCUUGUUUCUUUUCGUUGCCCGAGAGGGAUGGGUUUUGAGGAUAUUGUAUUGUUGUUGUUGUUGUUGGAACAAAUUUUUAUUAUUUUCCAAUUCUUCUAAAUCCCCCUAACUUCCAUCUUA